AUGGUCGGUCCUUUUCCAGAAGCCCUAGGAGCGGUCAAAUUCAUAAUAGCCGCAGUCGACUAUUUCACCAAACGGGUAGAGGCGAAGGCACUUGCAUCAACCACGUCAAAUGUCGUCAAGAGAUUCAUAUGGGAACAAAUCAUAUGCCGUUUCGGCUUACCGCUCAGAAUCAUCACUGACAACAGCACGAACUUCGCUGCAGAUGACCUCGAACGAUGGUUCAAGGAAUUGCACAUCGAGCACACCUUCUCUUCGGUUGCGCACCCGCAAGGGAAUGGUCAAGUAGAGGCAAUUAAUAAAAGCAUCGUCGAUGGUAUCAAAGCAAGGUUAGGCGAGAAAAGAAGGGGCUGGGUUGAUGAGCUGCCAAGCAUACUGUGGGCCCACAGAACAAUGCCCAAGACAAGCAACGAAAAACCCGGGAAACUGGCUCCCAAAUGGGAGGGUCCAUAUGUCAUCGAUACAGUACUCGGCAAAGGAGCUUACAAACUCCGCACCAUCGAUGACAAGGAGGUUCCACGAACUUGGAACGCUCAACAGCUUAGAAAGUGCUAUAUGUAA